AUGGUUAAGGCCGUUGUCGCAGGUGCCGCUGGAGGCAUUGGUCAGCCCUUGUCUCUGCUGCUCAAGCAGAACCAGCACGUCACCGAGCUCGCCCUCUACGAUGUUGUCAACUCGCCCGGUGUCGCUACCGAUCUGUCACACAUCUCGUCUCCCGCUAAAGUAACAGGCUACCUGCCAAAGGACGAUGGCCUCGCACAGGCUCUCAAGGGCGCUGACAUCGUUGUCAUCCCCGCUGGCAUUCCUCGCAAGCCUGGUAUGACCCGUGACGACCUCUUCAAGAUCAACGCCGGUAUCGUCAAGGGCCUCAUUGAGGGUAUUGCCCAGCACUGCCCCAAGGCCUACAUCCUCGUCAUCUCCAACCCUGUGAACUCGACAGUCCCCAUCGCCGCUGAGGUCCUCAAGGCCGCUGGUGUCUUCGACCCCAAGAAGCUGUUCGGUGUCACCACCCUGGACGUUGUCCGUGCCGAGACCUUCGUCGCUGAGAUCACUGGCGAGAAGAACCCCGCAAACCUCAACAUCCCCGUCAUUGGUGGUCACUCCGGCGAGACUAUCGUUCCUCUGUUCAGCCAGGCCAAGCCUAGCGUCAGCAUCCCUUCUGAGAAGCUCGAUGCUCUCGUAAACCGCGUCCAGUUCGGUGGUGACGAGGUUGUCAAGGCCAAGGACGGUGCUGGUUCCGCCACUCUCUCCAUGGCCUACGCUGGUUACCGAUUCGCCGACAAGGUCAUCAGGGCUGCCAAGGGCGAGAAGGGUCUCAUCGAGCCCAGCUUCGUCUAUCUCCCCGGUGUCGAGGGUGGUGACGCCGUUGCUAAGGCCACUGGCACUGAGUUCUUCUCCGUCCCCAUCGAGCUUGGCCCCAGCGGUGCCGAGAAGGCCAUCGACGUCGUCAGCAGCGCCAACGACCACGAGAAGAAGCUGCUGCAGGCCUGCUACGAAGGCCUCAAGGGCAACAUCUCCAAGGGCGUCGAGUUCGCCCAGAAUCCUCCUGCCAAGUGA